UCUCUCGAACUUUCUUCAGCUGACCCUUUUCCUCCCCAUUCUCCCCCUCAUAUCUCUCUCCAGCUUGGAGCCGGAGGAGAAGAUAUUCUCUCUCCUUCCCUCCUCCUGCUUCUUCUCUCUCUAAAAGGUCCUCCAGCCCCACCCUCAUACUCGUUGACUUCUCUCUCUCCCCUCCGUUUAUGGGUCUGUGAUCACCACCAGCCUCUCCGCGGGUAGCAGUAUCGGGAUCUCGGUCGCGUCGGAGUUUCGCCAGUGAGAUCCGGUCCCACAUGGAUCGAGGAGGAGGAUCCGGCGGCGGAUCUUGCUACUACUCUGUCCUCGGGCUCCGCAAGGACGCCUCCUUCUCCGACAUCAAAACCUCCUACCGCAAGCUCGCCAUGAAAUGGCACCCGGACAAAUUGGCGAAGAAUCCACAGGUCGCCGGAGAAGCCAAGCGGCGUUUCCAGCAAAUCCAGGAGGCCUAUUCCGUACUAUCUGAUCAGGGCAAGCGGUCAAUGUACGACGCUGGGCUAUACGAUCCGCUUGAUGGGGAAGACGAGGACUUCUGCGACUUCAUGCAAGAGAUGAUCACGAUGAUGAACAGCGUGAAGGACGAGGGGGAUAGUUUUGAGGACCUACAGAGGAUGUUCGAGGAGAUGGUCGGUGGGGACGCCGUUUCCUUUGACCGCUGCAGUGAUCGGAAGGCCCACAAGAGACCGUGUGUAAACGUAACAGCCCGGCGGAGCAGCUCCCGCCGUUAGUGUGCCGCACCUGACCCCUGCCUCUGCCAGACAACCCCACAGAACUGUAAAAACUCAACCCGUUCAAUCUUUUCAUUAUAUAUGGGAAGGGAAAAAGAAAAGUUCUAGUUUGGGGAAAAUUGGGGAAUUAUAGAUCGUAGAUGAUUUCAACAGGAGAUUCGUGUGACCCGACUGUUGGUAAUUGGCCUUUUUGGCGACCAAUUGAUCAAUGGAUUCACAGAAUUGGGAUUUGCUUGAAUGUUUUGCUUUAUUGUGGUUUGGAUCUUUUUUGCUCGUGCAUCGGGUUGCCCUAGUUAAUUGGGUCAAGCUCGAUGUGCUGUCUGUUUGUCAGUUUUGGUUAGUUUGAUUUGAUGAUGAUUGGUUGAUAUUUGAGGAUGA